AUGGCCGAGGAACAGGAAGGCCAAGUGAAAAUGUUUUGUGGCGCUUGCCCAGACAGCCACUGUGGAAAACUACUAUAUUUUAUGUCUCACGUGAAUUCAGAAGUAGAGUGCAGCGAUUGUGGGCAAAAACAUAACCCGAAUUCGCUUCUGAACGUGAAAAAAUCGACCGACUCAAACGUAGCUGUUGGGAACGUAUUAAAGUCAAUAUUACUCUCCAAUACUGCCGUGAAGAAAGGCUCAGAGCUGGUUAGGAUCCGGGGUUUGUCCAAUUUUCAUUGUAAAAUAAUUUCACCUUUGCUAACGAGCUAUGGCAUGGACAAGAAGACGGGUAAAGCGAAGCUGUUAUCAGAGUUAGGACAGGCUGAAGUUUUUAAUUGUGCUGUCUUUGGUAAUAGGGCCUUCCUUAUUGAGAAAGAGCACUUGGAUACACCCGGGUAUGGAAGGGAUGACACAGUGUCGUUAGGGUACCUCAAUGAUACCCUAGGGAUGAUCGAGAAGGCAAAUGGUGGGGAUUGUUUGGUACCCUUAUAUUCGGAUGGCGACGGACAUUGCCUCGUUCAUGCCAUCUCACGAGCAGUUGUUGGCAGAGAGCUACUGUGGCACAGUCUACAACAAAACCUGAAAGACCAUUUACAGCAAGAGAACAUGAAAUAUCAAGAAUUAUUCAGAGACUUUCUCGACACUAACGAGUGGGAUGAAAUAGUUAAUGAGGCAGACCCUAAUUACCAUCCCCCCACUAACGAACCUUUUGGUUUACGGACUAUCCAUGUUUUCGGACUGGCAAAUGUUCUGCACAGGCCGAUAAUUUUAUUGGAUAGCUUGGAGGGUAUGCAAUCCAGUGGUGAUUAUUCUGGAAUAUUUUUGCCCGUUUUGGUUUCGCCGGAGGAAUGCAAGUCACAAGGAUCGUUAAAUAAACCAUUGGCUAUUGCAUGGAGCAGCUUGGCAAGGAACCACUAUGUACCUCUCGUCGGGAUCAGAUAUUCUACCCCACCUAAAAUCCCACACUCACUUUUGCCAAAAGUUUGGGGUGUACCAAAUGAAUUAGUCUCAACUUACAUUGAAUUCAAUGAGAAUGGCGGUUGUGAAAUUGGUGGAUCUCGGAGCUUACAGGAUAGUUACGUUCAACGCCUGGUCUCUGCAAUGAAUGAACUUUUCUUUGAAAAGCAUGAAGUCUUGCCCAAACUUGUGGCAGAUGUCAAUCAGUUCAUUUUCAAACCUUCAAAUGGAGUUGGUAUUUCAAUCCCUGAAAUUAUCGAGUUUACCCAAAACGCCAUUGAAAGUGAAAGUUUGUUUCGAUGUUUGUCGUGUCAGGCAUUGAAAAAAGUCAAAGAUAUGUGGCCCAGGUCUUGGAGGGAGCCUGGAGGACGGUGGUAUACGAGGGCGCAGAAGUCCAAUGAGGGACUCAUAGCCAAUGCAAUCUAUAUGUUUAUAGAGGCCCAAGGUGUGCAUAUCAUGUAUGAACCGAAAUUUGACAUGUUGAUGCCUGUUUUUAGUAAGGUAAUUUUGUAAGCAAUAACAAUCUUGUAUUUAACCCUUUUAGUGGCAAUGCACCCUACAUUAUUUUACUCUGUCUAACACCAGACGAUUUUACUUUUCAGUGGGAGAAUGCUGCCACUCAUUGGGUUAAUCAGACUAUCUGCCUGUGCACCCUUUACGUGGCAAUGCACCUUACUUUAUUAUUUUACUCUGUCUAACAUCAGACAAUUUUACUUGUCAGGGGAAGAGUGCUUCCACUCAAUGGGUUAAGGGCCUUCAAUGUUUUGGCAGCCCUUCGAAAACCAUCAAAAUUGAGGUUGGCAAAGAAAUGGCGACCUAAAUCUGACCUAAUUCAGCACGUCUCGGCAUUUUUAAAAAUCUGUUCCACGUCUUGGAGCGAAUCAUUGAAAUCAGCAUAUAACUGGAACGUUACCUCUAGCCAGAAAAUUCAAAAGCCAAAUUUUAUUUCCAGACGUGUGAAAUUUGAUCUUCAGACACCUAAAUUAUAUAUAUAAAAUAGCUGUCAAUUUUUAAGGAUUUGCGAAGCAAAAUCCUUUAUGUCAUCGGGUGUGUAAGAUAGAUAGAUAGAUAGAUAGAUAGAUAGAUAGAUAGAUAGAUAGAUAGAUAGAUAGAUAGAUAGAUAGAUAGAUAGAUAGAUAGAUAGAUAGAUAGUAACACAUUAGUGACGUUGAGUUCCGAGUCGAGUAUUCGUGAACCGCCGGAAGCUAUUCGCCAUUUGUGUCGAUAUUCGCAAUCUUUCGGGCAAAAACUCCGCUCAUUUUCGUACAAUACACCAACGACUAAACAUUGUACCACUUACUUUCAGCUAAAGGAAUGAAUAUAUGACUGUUUUGUGCUAGAAAUACAAAUGGAAAAGGUCCUAAAAGACAAAUUCAUUCAACUCAGGAGCAGCCGUGUAAUUAAAAUAAAUUAUAAUAUAGCAUUUGUAAAUUCUGAACGCUGAUUGGCUAAGAGCCGUGUUGAUAUAACUCCAUGUCAACACGGGAAAUUUUCCGCCGCUUGUAACACGGAAAUUUUUCUUAUUCUUCGGGCUUUUGACAUUGAUAUAUUAUAAAACAAAUAUAAAACAUUUUUUCCGUAUUGAUAUAUAGUUAUAUCAACACUCGUGGAAGUUGGGAAAACUCGAAAUUGUGUGAAAACACUCCGCCCUUCGGGCGUCGUGUUUCCACACAAUUUCCCGUUUUCCCAAUUUCCACUCGUGUUGAUAUAACUGUAUAUCAACACGGAAAAUGUUUUAUAUUUGUUAAAUCAAAAGCGGUGUUUCCACUAUAAAAACUGUAUUGUUCCAUUUUUCAUUCGUAUUCAUUGGAAAUGAAUUAGAAAUGUAUUGCCUGUUGCGGAAUGCGAAAACAUCGAAAUAAUUUUGUUGUUUUUUAUGCAAACGUUAAGUUAUAAAAUAUCUUCAACAUUUCUACAAAUUCAGUUAUUCUUUUAUCUUUGAGGCAGUGAUAAAGCCAUUUAAAAGUUGUAGUAGAUUAACUUUGAAUAUAACAUUCCAAGAAAAGAUUUAUCAUGCAUGAUGUUGUGUUUUGUUAUACUACAUUUUGGGCGAGAUUUUUGCAUCGUCCUUGCAUUAUUAACUGAUAUUUUUCAAUCUUUUUUGCAUUAUAAAAUUGACAACAAAAUUGCAAAUCCUUGCGCACUCUUUGAGUGCCUAUUUUUAAACCAUACACCGAAGUGUGUUCAGUUAAUCGAACUACGAAUCGAAUUCUAUAAUCGCUGACUUUUUAACAGCUAUCAGCACCAAAAAAUUCUUACUUUGGUGACUGAAUUAAGGUCGGCAAAAAUUUGCCGACCUGGGAGAUUGAUAGGUCGGCAUUGCAGAAUGCAGACCUCGUUUUCGAGGGCUGCUUUGGGUGCCCUUUUUAAGCUGGGGAAACAAGGGCCCCCCUCCAGCAGCCCUGCAGACGCUAAUAUAUAUUGUUGCCCACAGGAUCAGGAUUGUGACCUCUGUAAAGGAGUGACUCGUGAAGUUUCUGCCGAUGGUUCUGUCAGAUACAUGAAUGGUGAUCGGACAUCAAUCCAGUCCAACAAUAGCAAGGGAUGCACAUGUGGUUUUAAACAUUUCUGGGAUGGUAAUGAAUAUGAUAAUGUACCGAAAGU